CCAGAGAGAGACGGAGACCCCCCUCUCUAUCUCUCACUUCUCCACAAGGCGACGAGUCCUUCUGGAUCUCUCCUUUCUGCCUGGCUGGAGAAACUUCUGGAGACCCGACCGAGGCAUUAAGACCUGGAGACACGGCCGGUGUGAAGGAACAUAUCUAAACGCAAGCGAACGAGUGCAGACUGUACAGUGAAGAAGAAGACAUCGCAGUCCACGAGGCCAACAUGGCUCUGCUGUGCUACAACAAAGGCUGUGGGCAGAAGUUUGACCCCGACAAGAACAAGGAUGAUUCCUGCCUCUUCCACCCGGGAGCCCCCGUCUUCCACGAUGCACUGAAGGGCUGGUCCUGCUGUAGGAAAAGGACGACAGACUUCUCUGAGUUUCUCUCCAUCAAGGGCUGUACCCGCGGGCGCCACAGCGACGUGAAACCCCAGGAGCCUCUGAGGCCCGAGGUGUCGUCGGAUAAGGGCGAGAUUAAACACGCCGAAGGCCGAGAGAUAAUCUAUCAGGGCCCCAAAUCUGCAGAGAUGCUGCAGAAGGAGAGACCCAGUUCAGACGAGCCCAUGACCAAACUUCCCCAGAAGGUGUCGGCGUCGCUGGCUCAGGCGCUGGAGAAACUGGACAUCAGCAAGAGAGGAGAGAACGAGAAGAAAGAGAGUCAGGCUGUUAUUUGCGGGACCCGCUGCAAAAACGCAGGAUGCAAAACAGUCUACCAAGGACCACAGACCGACAUGGAGGUCUGCACCCACCAUCCUGGAGCUCCCGUCUUCCACGAGGGGUACAAGUACUGGAGUUGCUGCUGCAUCAAGACAACAGACUUCAACGCCUUCCUGGACCAGAAGGGCUGCACCAUGGGGAAACACCGCUGGGUCCCAAAGCAGGACAAGAAGAAGGUGGCGUGUCGCUAUGACUGGCAUCAGACUGGCAACAGCGUCGUCGUGACCAUUUACGCCAAGAACGCAAACCCAGAGUUUUCCAGCAUAGAGGCCAACCGGACGGUGCUCUCGUGUCAAAUCCAGUUUGAGAACAAUAAGAUUUUCAAGAAAGAGUUCCACCUCUGGGGGGUGAUCAACGUAAAGCACAGCUCGGUCAAUAUGGUCCCAUCUAAACUGGAGAUAAACCUCCGCAAGGCCGACCAAGUGGCUUGGGGCAAACUGGAGGACCCGAACUACAAACCUGAGCCCGAGCCCGCAGACGACCCGUUCAUCGAAUCCAACGAGUCGUACCAGCCCGACUGGGACAUCGAUGAUGACGACAUCAGUGACUCGGACGAGGAGUGGGCCUAUGACACGCCCAAGAAUAAAAAGGCAGAGAAGGACGAAAAUCAAAAGAAGAACGAGGAGGAGGAGAGGCAGAAGUUAAAGAGGAAGGAGGUGGAGGAGGAGAUGAAGAGGGCAUUGGAGGAGCGGAUGAAGGCGGAGGAGGAGAGGAAGAAGCUAGAAGAGCAGAGGAGGCAGGAGGAAGAGGAAGGAUAUGAAGACAUGCCAGAGCUAGAGUGAGAAACGUCAGAUUUCUUUGUGGUUUAGAAAUAGAAAAUCAAAAGAGAUUUUUAUAACAUAGGACAUAUUUACUUCUGAAAUAAUAAUUACUCACUACAAACCCCAAUGAGACGUGUUUAAAUGACCACGAUAUGGAAAACAUGAUGUAAAGACAAAACUGUACCUUCAAUAGAAGAAAUAAAGUUUUCUAUGUCAGUUUCUACUUUUA